AUGGGAGAAAUCGGCAAAACUAAUCUGGUGAGAAAUUUGAACAAUGAGCUCGAAAGUAAAUCAAAUCUGCCUUUUCGCUGUGUACUAUGGGUUACGGUGUCCAAAAAUUUGGACAUAAAAAAGAUCCAGUUGAGAAUAGCUUCCAGAUUGGGUUUGAAUCUGGAAGAAAGUUUAGGAGCGGAUGGAAUGGCUAUUCAACUUUAUCAAAGACUAAAGGUGGAAAGUUUUCUUCUCAUUCUCGAUGAUGUUUGGGAGAAAAUUGAUUUGGACAAAUUGGGUGUCCCUCGGCCUAGCGAUCACGAGGGUUGUAAGAUCAUAUUGACAUGUAGAUCUUUUGAUGUAUGCAGGGUCAUGCCGACUGAUUUUGAAUUUAAAAUGAGCGUUUUGAGGGAUGAAGUCGCUUGGCGACUAUUUAGUCGAUAUGCGAGGGAUGUGGUUAGUUUGGAACAUAUCAGACCACUUGCAGAGGCAAUUUGUAGGGAGUGUCAGGGAUUGCCUUUGGCCAUCGUCACCAUGGGAGCAGCUAUGAGAGGAAAGACGAAGCCUGAGUUGUGGAACCAUGCUUUGAAUCAAUUGCGAAGAUCGGUGCCUUGUGCAGCAGGCAUUGAGGAGUUGCUAUAUAACCCUUUGAAGUGGAGUUACGACUCAUUAGAAGGUAAAGACUUGAAAAAUUGUUUCCUUUACUGCUCUUUGUUUCCUGAGGACUUCUCAAUUGAUAUAAGUGAACUGGUAUGGUGUUGGCUAGCGGAAGGUUUAAUAGAUGAACGAGAAAACUAUGAGGACUUCUUUAGUCGAGGAAUUACUUUGAUUGAAAAUCUUAAGGACUCCUGUUUGUUGGAAGACGGUUCCUGGGAGGGUACUGUGAAGAUGCAUGACGUUGUUCGUGAUGUUAGCAUAUGGAUUGCGUCAUCCUGCAGCGAGGAUGGAAGUAAAUCCCUAGUUCGUUCAGGAAAUGGGUUGAAAGAGAUUUCAGCUACUGAGCUAUCAAAUUCACUCAAAAGAGUUUCUUUCAUGAAUAACGAUUUAGAAAGACUACCUAAUGACUCUGUGAUACAAUGUUCAAAGGCAUCAACUUUGCUACUACAAGAUAAUCCUGGCCUUGACCGAGUUCCUGUGAGAUUUUUGGAAGGAUUUGGAGCACUGAGACUCUUGAUGAAUAUCAGUGGGACCCGCAUCAAGUCAUUGCCUGAUUCUCUUCUUCAACUAGAUGACCUCCAUGCUCUUCUUUUGAGUAACUGCAAGGAUCUCGAAGAAUUGCCCCCAUUGGAAAGGCUCAAUAAACUUCAAGUGCUUGAUCUCUCUAGGACUGGUAUCAGAGAAUUGCCAAGAGGGUUAGAGCAACUCAGCAACUUAAGGCAUCUAAACUUAGGCGAGACUCACCAACUGAAAGUGGUUCAAGCUGGAGUCAUAUCCAAGUUGUCCAAUUUAGAAGUUCUGGACCUGUCAGACAAUGGCUACAUUUGGAAAGUGAAGGGAGCGGUAAAAGAGGAGGAAGCAUGUUUUGAAGAGCUCCAAUGCCUUGAGCGAUUACAUGUUUUAUCCAUCAGAUUGAUUCCGCGUUACACUCCCCAUGAUACAAUUAUUUCUUGGAUAAAUAGAUUAAAAGCAUUCAUAAUUGUUAUCGGAUGGGAGUGUAUUCCGUAUUCUCUUCCAGCACUUCAGGAUUAUCGGUCAGGUGCCCAAAGAUGCGUGGUUAUCGGUCGGAUUGAUCUCUUGGGAGUACAGAGCGGGUGGUGGUGGAGUAGUGCGAGUGAUCUAUGUUUAAGAAGUUGUCAAGGACUUAAUGGAAUGCUACAAGACUUGGUCAUUAACAGUGUUGGUAGAAGCUUUAUAUAUUUAAAAAAGCUUGAGAUUAGUUACUCUGACAGCAGUUUUCAGACUAGAGGACGUGCAUCACAGUAUGACCUACUACCCAAUUUGGAGGAACUUAGUCUGAUACGCAUGACAGGCGUUGAAAGCAUUUCAGAACUAGUCAACCAUCUCGGGCUGAGAUUUCAGAGACUGAAAACAAUACUGGUGAUUGCCUGUUCGAAGAUGAAAUAUCUUCUCUCCCUUGGUAACUCCAAUAUUCGCACAAUGCCAAACCUAGAAGCAAUACAGGUACGCUGUUGUUCCAAGUUAGAAGAGCUCUUCAAUUAUCUUCCAUUGCAGAAUAUGGCUCCAGAUCCUAUUACCCCAAAACUACAAAAAUUGGAAUUGAGGAACCUUCCCAAAUUAAGGAAUCUUUGUAGUGACGAAAAGACCUGGCCGGAUAUAGACCAGGUUGAGGUGAUCAACUGCAAUCUUCUGGGCAUUGAGCAAAAAUAAGAUGGAAUUAAAUAAGUUGGAGGAACGCAUUGGAGCAGCAUGCAGGCGGAACUAAAUAAUAUUUGAUGUAUUUUGGGAGUGCCAUUUGAUGUAAUGACCAUCAGCUUUCUUAUGUACAUUAACUUUUGUUUUUAAAGUUAGGAGAGAUGGGAAUGCACCUCAACAUAUAGACAUUAUAGAUCUUAAAUAAAUAA